AUGCCUUUAGUUAAGUCGACCGAUGAUGACGCUUUUGUGGAGGAGGUCCGGGCUGUAAUGGACGACCACUGCCGGCGAAAAAGAGAGCACACUUCUGCGAUGAUUGAGGAGUAUCUUCGACGGCGUGAAAAGCAGUUUGAGGAUAAAGUCCGGCAUGAGAUCGCCUGCCAGGAGGAAAAAGCUCGACAAGAAAAACACGCCCACGAGGACGCCACGGCGAAGGUUUUGGAGCGGCUUUCCAGGGCUCACGCGCAGCUCGCACGGGUGGCCAACAACCUGGGGGGUUUGAACAGCUCGAGGAUUCAACAGCGUUACUUUCACCGUUGGCUCCACAUUCGCGCGUACCGGCGGGAAACUCGAGGGAGGGAGGCGCAGUAUCGUUUGCUUUUAUCGCGAUUAUCCGCUUUCCACUGCUUUGGUCAGUGGCGUCUUUUCGUGGCGGCUCGUCGGGAGCAUCGUCAGCAGGUACGGCAAACGAAGCGGUUUAAUACGCGCGAGAAGGAGCUUCUGCAGCGGGUUGACGGGCUCACCGGUGAGCUCGACGUCGAGAAGCGGCGAAGCGAGGAGUUGGAUGAGAAGCUCAAGGAGGCCUUUGUGCGCGGGAUCAGCGCGCUGAACCGGGAGGCCUUUCAGGCGCUUCGAGGGGACCAAAGCGAGGGUGAUAUCGCGGCGAUCGAGGAGAUCCUCGGCAAGAGUACAACCCAACGAAGCUCCGCCGCGGCGAGCCCUCGGAAGACAGAGGUUGGGCAAACGGAAGCCCCGGCGCGGAAGGAGUCCGGAUCCGGGAUCUGCCCGGUUCACAUGUUGGAUGCGGAGAGGAAUUUUUAUCAUCGCUGUUAUGCUCCGUCGACGUGUGAGUACGGGCCGCGUAAGGCGGCGAACGCGGCAUCCUCGCAUACGCCUUUUUACGUGCGCGUUGACAGUAAAGGGGUUCCGAGUUACAACGCCGGUCCGGUAAUUAAAACGCAAUCGACCCGAACAACCGGACGAAGGUGA